UGGUUUGACAGCCGUGAAGCACAUCGCAAAGAGGUUAAAUGAAUCUGCUGAAAACAUUCAAUAAAACACAGAUAAAAGUGGAAGAAGACGUCUCUGAUGACCACACAUCGCAGGACGGCAUGGCGUACGAUCAGGAAAAUGACUUGGUCACAAUUGAGAACAUCGACUUGAUCUCGGGGGCGCCGUUCUUCGAGUACAACCGCGAGGAGCCCGCCGUGGACGACACAGACGACAUCAUCAUCCUGCACAUGGACAUCCGGGAGCCGCUGAACAAGCUGCGAUCGCUGCUGGAGGAGAGAUUGGGACAGAGUCUGAAGUACUUCCAGUUCUGGCUGCAGGAUGCGCAAAUGCUGGAGGGGCACAAGAAUCUGGUGGACCAGUGCGUGCAGGGCGAAGGCCUGGUGCAGAUCAACGUUCAGGUGCUGACGAGCAGCAACAAGAUCAACAUCAUCGACGUGCUGAAGCCCACGGACGACAUCCUGGAGAACUCCAAGAGCGCCACGCCGAAGAGUCCGCGGGAGAACGCGGAGGAGAUGAGCGACAAUGAGGACAGCGCGCCGGCGGCGCAGAAGAAGUUCAGCGAUCAGUGGGCGAUUGACAAUCAGUUCAAGCGCGAUCAGGCGCGCCUGCAGAUCCCGGACAAUCCCAGGGACUGGACGACGGCGCAGGUGCGCCACUGGCUGCAGUGGGCCGUGCGUCAGUUCAACCUCACGCAGAUCAAGCUGUCGGACUGGUGCAUCAGCGGCAAGGAUCUGUGCAAUAUCGAACUGCCGGAGUUCAAGAAGAAGGUUCCCAACGACCCUGGAGACCUCUUCUGGACGCACCUGGAGCUGCUGCGCAAGUGCAAGUACGUGGCGGUGGUGCAGAAGUCACCCGGCGAAGGUGUCUUGCCCACGGAGAGCGCCAACAAGCCACCCAAGGCCGCGUCGCCCGCGAAGGCCAGCAAUCGCGUGUGCCUGGACAACAUCCGGAUGGAACCGAUCUUCUGUGGCAACCGCAGCGGCAACAACGGCCAAAUCCAGCUGUGGCAGUUCCUGCUGGAGAUCCUCACAGACAUCGAGCAUCGUAGGAUCAUUCAGUGGGUCGGCGGAAAUGGCGAGUUCAAGCUGAGUGACCCGGAAAGAGUGGCGCAACUCUGGGGAGAGCGCAAGAACAAGCCCACGAUGAAUUACGAGAAGCUGUCCAGGGCGCUGCGCUACUAUUACGACGGCGACAUGAUCUCAAAGGUGCACGGGAGGAGAUUCGUCUACAAAUUUGUGUGUGAUUUGAAGCAGUUGAUCGGCUACGACGCCAAAGAUCUGGCGCGCCUCGUCAUGGAGUGCGACAUGGAGGCGGAGUCUCGGGACAAGACGGCCGACUGGGAGUUUUCAGGGACAAUCUGAGGAGCGCAAAAGUGAGAAAAGAGAAGAAUAUUUUGAUUACUCUAUGAGAAAUUUAUUAAUUUUAAAAGAAAAGCAUUUGUCAAUCACGAUUUGUUUGA